AUGGCCGUUCUCUCCCGAUAUCUGCCCUUCUCCGAGGCAACUACUACGCUGCAAGCAGUGACAUACCUUCUCGGCAUAUCUCUCUUCUCUAUUUCCUUCCUCGUCUUCCUCAACAGCAGCAUAUCCUUCGUUAUUACCGACCUAAUUGGCGUCAAGGAUGGCGUUGGCGACAUUGUCGGCACUCUCGGCUUCGUAGACGAGCUCGUUGCCCUUGUCGCAUGUCCGGUCUGGGGUCUCGUCUCGGAUCGGCUCGGUGUGAGAUGGGUGGCUGUCAUCGGGUAUGCCGUCAUCGGCGCAGCAUUGCUUCUUUUCGUUCAGGCGAAGAAUGUCUACCCGCAGCUACUCCUGGCACGCAUCUUCUUUGCCAUUGGCGCCACAGCGUCCGCCACCAUGGUAACGGCCAUUCUGCCUUCAUUGACGGACGAUGGCGACAAUUCAGACAGCUCCGCUGACGCUGCGAACAAACCGACGCAUAAUCCUCGCAACAGUGUGGCCAUGUCCCUCGAAUCCGACAUGACUAUCACCCCGGCGCGUUUCCAUGGUUUCGGCGGAGACGGACAAACUGCGACAGCGAGUGAGAGAGAGGAGGCAAAGGCUGGAAGGCCUUCGUCAUUGGCGGGCUACGUUGGGCUAUUCACAGGAUGCGGCGCGCUGGUCGCGCUCUCCCUGUUCCUCCCGCUUCCCGCCCGAUUUGGUGAGAUUGACGGCAUCACACCUGCUACGGCUGUCGCCGACAGCUUCUAUGUGGUGGGAAUUGUGGCGUUUGUGAUCUCGGUCUUCGUUUUCUUUGGGUUGAGAAACCUCAAGGGCGAGGAAGGCAAGGGCUGGAGUACUCUAUUGGGUCUGAAGACGAACUCGGACUCGGAAGACGAGUCUGACGACAACAGGGCAGACCACCCAACCCGGCCGGUACGUUACCUCGUAAAUGUUUCUGGAGAAAUUGCUGACGUUUUACAGAAGGUGCUUCCAUACUUCCGCCUCCUGCGCGACUCCGUAACUCUCGGUUUCACGGAUUCUCAGAUCGCUCUGGGAUACCUGGGCGGCUUUGUGGCUCGCGCAUCCACUGUUGCCAUUUCGCUCUUCAUCCCCCUUUACAUCAACACCUACUAUAUCAGCAACGGUUUCUGCCAGGGCUCCCCGCAUGACCCCUCGCCAGAGCUGAAGAAGGAGUGUCGGGCCGCCUACCUGCUUUCGUCAAUCCUGACUGGCGUAGCUCAGCUGUUUGGUCUCUUUGCUGCGCCUGCGUUCGGAUAUUUCAACAGAAGACGCGGUCGUGUCAACUACCCCAUUCUCCUUGCCACUGCCUUCGGUAUCGUUGGCUACAUUAUUCUGCCACAGUUGCAGAGCCCGGAAUACAAGAACGUCGACGGCCGAGGCGGCAGCCCUGCCAUUUUCCUAACCGUGAUCCUAAUCGGCAUCAGCCAGAUCGGUGCCAUUGUCUGCAGUCUCGGCUUCCUUGGCCGUGGCGUUCUGACUGCAGAUAUCCCCAAGUCUCAGGUCAUCGACACGGUCGAAGACUCAGCAGAAACCAUGGAGACUUCCCCAGAGUCUGCGCCUCUAUUGCAACACAACGCUAGCGUGGAUGCCGUGUCGCGAGUGCGACUCAAGGGCUCCAUCGCCGGCAUGUACUCCUGGUUCGGAGGAGCAGCUAUUUUGCUUCUUACCAAGCUAGGAGGCUACUUAUUCGACGCGGUGUCCAAUGGCGCCCCGUUUUACAUGAUGGCUUCCUUCAAUGCCAUCCUCUUCUUUACCAGUCUGGGCAUUGAUGCUGCUCGUUUUUACAGAGACAAGCAGUGA